AUGACGUUUGUUUUAAUUCUAAAUAUAAUUAUCCCUACGCGUCCGCCUGUUAUCGAGUCUCGGGGACUGGCAACAUUUACCAGGGUUGACGCGACUCCCUCAACACAGGGACUGGAUACAUUUACCAGGGUUGAAGCGACUCCCUCAACACAGGGACUGGAUACAUAUACCAGGGUUGAAGGGACUCCCUCAACACAGGCACUGGAUACAUAUACCAGGGUUGAAGGGACUCCCUCAACACAGGGACUGGAUACAUUUACCAGGGUUGAAGGGACUCCCUCAACACAGGGACUGGAUACAUAUACCAGGGUUGAAGGGACUCCCUCAACACAGGGACUGGAUACAUAUACCAGGGUUGAAGCGACUCCCUCAACACAGGGACUGGCAACAUAUACCAGGGUUGAAGGGACUCCCUCAACACAGGGACUGGAUACAUUUACCAGGGUUGAAGGGACUCCCUCAACACAGGGACUGGAUACAUUUACCAGGGUUGAAGCGACUUCCUCAACACAGGGACUGGAUACAUUUACCAGGGUUGACGCGACUCCCUCAACACAGGGACUGGAUACAUAUACCAGGGUUGAAGGGACUCCCUCAACACAGGGACUGGAUACAUUUACCAGGGUUGAAGCGACUUCCUCAACACAGGAACUGGAUACAUUUACCAGGGUUGAAGCGACUUCCUCAACACAGGGACUGGAUACAUAUACCAGGGUUGAAGGGACUCCCUCAACACAGGGACUGGAUACAUAUACCAGGGUUGAAGCGACUCCCUCAACACAGGGACUGGAUACAUUUACCAGGGUUGAAGGGACUCCCUCAACACAGGGACUGGCAACAUAUACCAGGGUUGAAGCGACUCCCUCAACACAGGGACUGGAUACAUAUACCAGGGUUGAAGGGACUCCCUCAACACAGGGACUGGAUACAUUUACCAGGGUUGAAGCGACUCCCUCAACACAGGGACUGGAUACAUUUACCAGGGUUGAAGCGACUCCCUCAACACAGGGACUGGCAACAUUUACCAGGGUUGAAGGGACUCCCUCAACACAGGGACUGGAUACAUAUACCAGGGUUGAAGGGACUCCCUCAACACAGGGACUGGAUACAUUUACCAGGGUUGAAGGGACUCCCUCAACACAGGGACUGGAUACAUAUACCAGGGUUGACGCGACUCCCUCAACACAGGGACUGGCAACAUUUACCAGGGUUGAGGCGACUCUCUCAACACAGGGACUGGAUACAUAUACCAGGGUUUUGACGCGACUCCCUCAACACAGGGACUGGAUACAUUUACCAGGGUUGAAGGGACUCCCUCAACACAGGGACUGGAUACAUUUACCAGGGUUGACGCGACUUCCUCAACACAGGGACUGGAUACAUUUACCAGGGUUGAAGGGACUCCCUCAACACAGGAACUGGAUACAUUUACCAGGGUUGAGGGACUCCCUCAACACAGGGACUGGAUACAUAUACCAGGGUUGA